AUGUCUUUGAAUCCCCUCUCAUCAAUUGCUCUUCAAACUGCCGUGGUGGUGACCACGCUCGGCUUUACCCCGGCUCAGUCAAGCCUGAGGCCUGGUGCAUUGGUAAUCGUUGCACUAUGUACUGGCCACUGUAUCUCCAUCGCAUUGGAAUACUUCAUUCGAACACCAUGGGCCAGCCUUGCAGGCGGCUAUUCGGUCAUGUUACUGCUUCACUAUAUCGACAUUGGCUUGUUGACGCGGUGGGAAUUUGUCGACCCCUCACAAGCGAAAUCGCCCGAGACGCUAAAGCCAACCUGGGCCCGGCUGCGGUUUGGCGUCUGGGCGGCCUUCAACGCGCGAUGCAUUGGGACGCCUGAACAGGUACACAACGUCCCUGAGGCCGUAACCCGCGAGCGAACCGCAUUUCUCUGUCGAUCUGCGGGGAUUAUUCUCCUUAGUUAUCUGGGCCUUGAUGUGCUUGGGUCAAUGGGUGAUCCGGAGGUAGGAUCUCGCUUCCUCAAUGCAUCUUGUGUGCCAUUCUUUCGGAGACUCUCCGAAAUCACUGCAGAAGAGACCGCAAUUCGAAUCUUUUCUGGCAUUGCGGCUGGUAUAGGCCAAAAUGGAACUGAUAUCCCAUCUAGUCGCGUGUGGCACCAAUCCAAUUCCCAUAAAUUCCGUGCAAUCUCUCGCUUUUUCGCUCGUGAUGUCUUUCGCUUCCAACCAGGGACUCUCGCCGACCGAUAUGCCAAAGUUGUGAUGGUGUUUGCAACCUCAGCAUUCAUGCACUUUCUCAUUGACCUGUCGUCGGGGCUAUCGUCCUCUAGCUCUGGGGCUAUGCAGUUCUUCUGCACGCAGGCCCUCGGAUUAAUGAUGGAGGAUUUUGCUGUCAAUGCUUACUUUGUUCUACGUGGCGGGCCGUCCCGCAAUUGGAAAGCUUCUCGCGGCGAACGGUUGAUCGGAUAUCUUUGGGUUGGUGGCUUUUUGGUCUGGUCGUUUCCUGCAUAUCUUUAUCCGAUGUUGUAUCGCUCUAACGCGGGCCUUAAUGACUCGGUGGUCCCGGUGAGCGUUGUCGGGAUGCUGCAAGGCAGUUCUUGA